CCUGCUGUCCCCUCCCUGGGCUCCCCCCGGGCUUUACCGAGCUGCAAAGUGCUGCGGCUCAGCGUAACCCCGGACCCCCGACUCAGCACACGGAUCCGCCCGGGGCUGCGGCCGCGUCUCCUGUGUCCUCGAGCCGGGCUUUUCCACUAUUGGAUUUUAUUUACUUAUUUAUUUAUUUUAUCUCAAAUGGAUUUCAUCCCAUUUGCCCAGAAUUAAGCUCCCGCAGAUUUUAAUUUGCUGACAUUUUUUUUUUUUCAUCUGCUUGGUUGUGGAUAACGGGGAUGAUGCCCGUGCCGUGCCGGGUCCUCCCCGCUCCCAUCCCUGCCCGUGUGGCUGAGGUGUGCAGGCAAAGGGCUCACUUGUAGUUCUGCCCAAGGAUGCCCAAACCCGGCUGCCAGGGGGGAAGAUGAGCUGUCUCGGGAUUUUCAUCCCCAAGAAGCACCGGCAGCGCUUUGACGAGGUGGUGUCUCAGAGCCUGAUCAGCAAACUGUGCCGCUCCAAGAGCGAGCACAGCAACCGCCUGCGCCGCAGCCGCAGCGAGGACCACCAGGAGCGGCUGCUCGUGUCCACCCGCGCCAGCUCCGUGCCCCGCAGCCACGAGGAGCUCAGCAAGAGCCUGCGGAAAACCACCUCGCUCGUCACCAGCAAUGUGGCCUCGGGGGCUGCCCGCAGAACUGUGCGAGUUUAUAAAGGCAACAGGAGCUUCGGCUUCACGCUCCGUGGCCACGCCCCGGUGUGGAUCGAGUCUGUCCUGCCAGGGAGCCCGGCAGAGAAGGCUGCCCUCAAAGCUGGAGACAGGAUCCUGUUCCUCAACGGCCUGGACAUGAGGAACUGCUCCCACGACAAGGUGGUGUCGAUGCUGCAGGGCAGCGGGGCCAUGCCCACCUUGGUGGUGGAGGAGGGCAUCGUCAACUUCUCCAACGACUCUGACUCUGCUGAGUCCCCGAGCAGCUCCUCAGCCCUCACCUCCCUGCAGUGGGUUGCAGAGAUUCUCCCCUCUAGCAUCAAGAUCCAGGGAAGGACGUUCACACAGCAGCUGGAGCACCUGCUGACCCCACCCGAGCGUUUCAGCGUCUGCAAGGCUCUGGAGGGCUUCUUCCAGCACCGGAACAUUGACACUCUCAUUGUGGAUGUGUACCCAGUGCUGGACACACCAGCCAAGCAAGUCCUCUGGCAGUUUAUCUACCAGCUGCUGAGCUACGAGGAGCAGGAGCACUGCCAGCUAAAGAUUGACAGGUUUCUGGGCUCCAAGGCCUUGGCAGCUGAGGCAGAGGCUGAGGAGCGGUACCGCAGCUCUGUCCGAGGGGCCUCCCUGUGCCGGGGCAGCCUCCGGACCCCCCGCCCCGAGGAGGGGGCUGCAGGCAGUGACACCGUGGAGGUCCCGGUUCGCCUGAUCCCUGGAGAGAGGCAGGCUGGGGAUGGCACGUCCCUCCCGGAGACACCCAACCCCAAAAUGAUGUCAGCAGUGUACGCAGAGCUGGAGAACCGCCUGAUCGGGGGCUUGGCCGGCAAGAUGGGCAAUGCUGCCCUGCACAGGACAUCCCCCCCUGCCCCAGAGCUGCCACACGCUGCAGGUGGCCGCAAGCCGGCUCUGGCGUGGCCGAGCGAGGCGCUGGGCUCCCAGCCGUGCUACUACCGGCUGCACAGCAGCGUGGCCUCGCCGUGCAGCACCGAGUCCAACCCGUACGUGAGCCUGGACAGCAGCCCUGCCCCGUCCCCCAGGCACCGGCAGUACUCGCCGCUGGCGCGCCGCAAGAAGCUCUUCACCUUCUCCCGGCCCCCGCGCAGCCGCGACACCGACCGCUUCCUGGAUGCGCUGAGCGAGCAGCUGGGACACAGGGUCACCAUCGUGGAUGAUUUCCUCACCCCCGAGAAUGACUAUGAGGAGAUGAGUUUCCAGGAUGACCAGGGCAGCUAUGUCACCAACGAUGUCAGCAGCAGCGAGUACAUCAGCAGCAGCGACGAGGGCAGCUCGCUGACCUACUCCACGCUCUCGGACCACAUCCCCCCGCCCCCGCUCAGCCCCCCGCCCCCGCCGCCCCCGCUGCAGUUCCACGACCCCCAGAGCGGCCCCGCCAAGGCCGAGGCCACCAAGGCCAGCGUGGGGACCGCCCCCAAGUCCCUGGUGAGCCACCUGCACCCCGUCCCUCCGCCGCCACCGCCGCCGCCGCCGCCCCCCGUGCCCUGCGCGCCCCCCCUGCACCGGGGGCUGCUGCACCGCAGGAGCGACUCCAACCACAUGAGCGUCAAGAGGCUGCGCUGGGAGCAGGUGGAGAACUCGGAGGGGACAAUCUGGGGACAGCUCGGGGAAGACUCGGAUUACGACAAGUUGAGUGACAUGGUCAAAUACCUCGACCUGGAGCUGCACUUUGGGACUCAGAAACCCACGAAGCCAACUCUCAUGCCUGAAAACUUUAAAAAGAAAGACGUGGUUGAAAUUUUGUCCCACAAAAAGGCCUACAACACAUCCAUCCUGAUCGCACACCUGAAGCUGUCGCACAUCGAGCUGCGGCAGAUCCUGAUGACGAUGGAGACGGAUCGCCUGGAGCCGUCGCACAUCAAGCAGCUGCUGCUGUACGCCCCGGACGGGGAGGAGGUGCAGCGCUUCCAGAGCUACAAGGAGAACCCGGGCAAGCUGAGCGAGCCCGACCAGUUCGUGCUGCAGAUGCUGUCGGUGCCCGAGUACAAGAUCCGCCUGCGCAGCCUGCACUUCAAGACCACCCUGCAGGAGAAGACCGAGGAGAUCAAGGCCAGCUAUGAGUGCAUCUGCAAAGCCUCCCUAGAGCUGAAAAGCAGCAAGAAGCUGGCAAAGAUCCUGGAGUUCGUGCUGGCCAUGGGGAAUUACCUGAACAACGGGCAGCCCAAGACCAGCAAAACAACAGGAUUUAAAAUCAACUUCCUCACUGAGCUGAACACCACCAAGACUGUCGAUGGGAAAUCCACCUUCCUGCAUAUUCUUGCCAAAUCCCUCAGCCAACACUUCCCAGAGCUCCUGGGCUUUGCCAAGGAUCUCCCGACGGUGCCGCUCGCUGCCAAAGUGAACCAGAGGACACUGACAGCUGACCUGAAGGACCUGCACAGCACGGUGAGUGACAUCCAGAAGGCGUGUCACAGCAUGCCAGCCAGCGCCGAGGACAGGUUUGCCAUUGUCAUGACCUCCUUCCUGGAGAGCGCCCAGCCUGCCAUGCGCUCCCUGGAUGACCUGCAGCACAAGGCCAUGGAGGAGUUCAGCAAGGUGCUGUCCUUCUUUGGGGAAGACUCGAAAAUGACAACUUCUGAAGCCUUCUUUGGCAUUUUUGCAGAGUUCAUGAGCAAGUUUGAGCGGGCUCUCAGUGACGUGCAGGUGGGCGAGAGCCAGCGCAGCCCCAGGAUGACCUCCCCCCUCGCCUGGUGACAGCCUGUGGCCACCUGAGGUGCGACAAUUCCUUGCCAACAAAGUGCAAUUUGCUCCUGUCCAGUCUGGUUGUAAAUACGCUGCUGCCACCUGCUACCAGCCAGCAGAGUCACGGACAGAGGGGUCGGGGCAGGUGGACGCUGAGGAGGCACCGCAGGUGACAGAGGUGACACGAGGGUGACACGAGGAUAAACCCUGCCCUGGUCCUGGCACAGCUUCCCUAGCACCCUGCAUUUCCAGGGGAUCACUGUGCCGAGGCUUUGGCAUCCAUCUGGUAAAACCCCACCAUUCCCAAACUGCUGUCAGGGGCAGCAGCAGCUGCUGGAGACCUUCCCCACCCCCCCACAGCCACUGCCCCGGCCUGGGGGGCUCUGCCCAGGCAGCCUUGGGCUGGGGACAGCCCAGCCACCAUCCCUGGGACUCCAGGGCAGCUCAGCAGGGACGGGAGUGUGGGGGGAUGAGCAGGAGGGCGGCCACCUCCAGCUGCUCUGGGACCCUGAGGAUGCUGCUGAGUCCCCUCCAGUCCCUGUCCCAGCCCUGGGGCAGAGCAGGUGGGGCUGGAGCUGCACCUGGCCUGAGGUCACAGUGCAGCAGAGAUCCCUGGAGGGGAGCUGGGAGCUCCAGUUCCCUUCCACUGCCAGCCAGGGGCAAGGGGAAGCAGCAGGACCCUCCUGGCACAUCCAUCCAAGGAUGGCUCUGGUCUGAUCCCUCCCAGCUCCCGGGUCCUUCCUGGCUGCCAGCUCUGCUCAAAGCUGGGCCAGAGGCUCUUCCCAGGAGCAUAGCACCAUCAGCACAGGGCUGGAACUGGCCCUGAGUGUUCUGCUGCCUCCUUGCAAAGCACAGCAUCCCUGAGAGCCUGAAAACGAGCAGGAGUCCUCUGCAGCCCCAAGUGCUGCUCCAGGGCACGGCAGCCAGUGGGAAACGCAUCCCCUGCCCUGCUGCAGGCUGCAAGGCUGAGUCCCCUCACUGCAGGAGCAGUUCUCUCAUCCAGGGAACUCCACAAGUGUCUGUGGCCACCUCCAGAUGUGCACACUCACCUUUCAACAUGCACAUUCACCUCCAGAUGUGCACACCGACCUCCAGA